CUUCACCACCGCUCACCUACACCCUCUCCCCUCAACAUGAGUGAACAAUUUGAUAUAAAUCAGGUGAUCCGAUGCCAAGCAAUAAUCUCGACAGGGUUUAGAGCAGCCAACUGGCAUCACCUUGAAUCGAUUGCCUCAAACCUCCGCGAUGGAAUUCCCUGCAAGUUCCAACAAGGCUUUACCUUUGGCUACUCUGACAUCGUUCGCCGCCUUGAUUUCACCGAUGGCACCAGUUGGAUUGCCAAGGUGAGGCUUUCAAAGUUGAAGGAUCUCUUCGGCGACCGCGAAGGGCCCGAUGUGGCCAGUACGCUCAAGGUGGAAGUUGCUAGUAUGAAGUUCUUGAAGGCCAAAACUUCUGUUCCCGUCCCAGUAGUCCAUUCCUACAGCGUUGCCGUUGACCCCAGCAACCGUGUUGGCGCCCCGUAUAUUCUGAUGGAUUAUAUCGACGGAGUGACUGCCAAAAGUUUGCGCCUCACAAAUGAAUGCGAAGGUGAUCUGUUCGGCACGCCAGACCAGGACCAGAAUUUCAGGAAGCGAAUGGCCGAGAUUCAGGCAACCAUAUCUUCCUUCACGUUCGAUCAGAUUGGGAGCCUUUAUCAAGAUGAACAAACAUCCGAGUUCUUCAUCGGCCCAGAUCCAACGACCGGCAAAGGGCCUUGGAAGUCCUCAAUGGAGUAUUAUAACGACCUCUCAAAUCACGCUCUUCAUGUCUGUGUACGUGACGCAUCUCCUGAUGUCAAGACAAGCUCUUCAUUUGCGAAUCCAAUUCUGUUCAGACAUCUUAUGUCUCUGUACAGCGAAAGUAGUUCUAGCAAAGACUCCUACGGCCUUGUGAAUCGCAAGUUUGGAAGCCAUAAACUUCUUGUGGAUGGAGAAUUCCAGAUUGUCGGAGUCAUCGGCUUUGGCAGCGUUAUGGCGGCACCUGUUGAGGUUGUCGCUCAGUAUCCUGUCUCGACAGGGCUGGACCGAGAGCCCCCAGGAUGUGUUGAGGCCAGACCAGCUGAACUAGAACGCAUCAGGAGAACAGAGCCAAAACUCAAAGAAUACAAAGAAAUGUUGGAGGCUUCUGAAAAGGAAGUGGGAAGUGACGACAACGGGCGUACGCUUAUUGCGGACCUGUUGUUGUCAGAUGUUGCCAGCGUGUUCCAAGGCCUUUUGAAAUAUCAGGACCACCAAGCCUUUGCCAAUGAUCAGUGGAUGGAAGCGUACCUGAAGCUCAUCCGGGGGCAUUUCGAGGCCAAGGCCUUAACACCUAGAUAAAGGGACUAUUACAGAGCUUGCACUCUGGGAAAAGACUUGCCGUGGCUUUUUGGAGGUAGAAGAUAGUUCCCAGAACGGCUCAAUAAUAAGG